AUGUCUUCUUCCGUCGCCUUGCGUCACACGCGCCACCUCUCAACCGCCGCAGGGGCCGCCGCUGCUUCGUCAACUUCCACCACCACCAUCUCUAUCUCCAAAGCAAAAUCAAAGCUCAAAGCCGAGCACGAUCCUGACAAAGCCCUAGAGAUUUACUCCUCCGUUUCCGACCGUUACAUUUCCACUUUAUCCUCCCGUUAUGCUCAGGAAUACACAGUCAAGCGCCUCGCUAAAUCCCACCGUUUCUCCGACAUUGAAAGUUUCCUCGAAUCCCACAAGAAUAGCUCACAAAUUACUCAAGAGCCUUAUCUUUCAUCCAUAAUUCGUUCAUAUGGAGUCGCCGGAAUGUUCGAUCACGCGCUUAAUAUUUAUCACGAGAUGGAUGAUUUAGGCACCCCCAGAUCAGCAAUUUCUUUCAAUGUGCUUUUAUCAGCUUGUGUGCACUCGAAACAGUGUCCCCCAGCUGUUUGA